UCCGGAGACCGCACACGCCUCCCCGUGCCGCUGCCGCCGCAGGCUCUACGCGGCUCGGCGCGCUGCGGCUGCCAUGGGGGUCGCGGGGUGCGGCCGGCCUCGGGAGGCCCGGGCGCUGCUGCUACUGCUGCUGCUGCCGCUGCCGCUGCUGGCCGCCGUCGUCACUCCCGACCGGGGUCGCACCAACGAGCCGCUCGAGGAUGUGGAUGAGUGUGCCCAAGGGCUAGAUGACUGCCAUGCUGACGCGCUGUGUCAGAACACACCCACUUCCUACAAGUGUUCUUGCAGGCCUGGCUUCCAGGGUGAAGGCAGGCGGUGUGAGGACAUGGAUGAAUGUGACAAUGCACUCAACGGAGGCUGUGUCCACGACUGUUUAAAUAUUCCAGGCAACUAUCGCUGCACCUGUUUUGAUGGCUUCAUGUUGGCUCAUGAUGGUCAUAACUGUCUUGAUGUGGAUGAAUGUUUGGAGAACAAUGGCGGCUGCCAGCACACCUGCACCAACGUCAUGGGGAGCUACGAGUGUCACUGCAAAGAAGGUUUCUUUCUGAGUGACAAUCAGCACACUUGCAUUCACCGCUCAGAAGAGGGCCUGAGCUGUAUGAACAAGGAUCAUGGCUGUGGUCACAUCUGCAAGGAGGCCCCAAGAGGCGGUGUUGCCUGUGAAUGCAGGCCUGGUUUUGAACUGGCCAAAAACCAGAGAGACUGCAUCUUGACUUGUAACCAUGGAAAUGGUGGGUGUCAGCACUCCUGUGAAGAUACGGCAGAAGGCCCUGAGUGUAGUUGCCAUCCACGGUACAGGUUGCACACUGAUGGGCGAAGCUGCCUAGAGCAAGAAGGCACCAUCCUGGAGGGGACAGAGAGCAAUGCCACAUCAGUGGCAGACGGAGAUAAACGGGUGAAACGGCGGCUGCUCAUGGAAACGUGUGCCGUCAACAAUGGAGGCUGCGACCGCACCUGCAAGGACACGUCAACAGGCGUCCACUGCAGCUGCCCCACUGGAUUCACUCUCCAGGUGGAUGGGAAGACAUGUACAGAUAUCGAUGAGUGCCAGACCCGGAAUGGAGGCUGUAACCAUUUCUGCAAAAACACCGUGGGCAGUUUUGACUGCAGUUGCAAAAAAGGAUUUAAAUUACUAACAGACGAGAAGUCUUGCCAAGAUAUGGAUGAGUGUUCAUUGGAAAGGACCUGUGACCACAGCUGCAUCAACUACCCUGGCACAUUUAUUUGUGCCUGCAACAGAGGGUACACUCUCUAUAGCUUCACCCACUGUGGAGACACCAACGAGUGCAGCGUCAACAAUGGAGGCUGCCAGCAAGUUUGUGUCAACACAGUGGGUGGCUACGAGUGCCAGUGUCAUCCGGGGUACAAGCUCCACUGGAAUAAAAAAGACUGUGUGGAAGUGAAGGGUUUCCUGCCCACUAGCAUGACACCCCGUGUGUCCCUGCACUGUGGUAAAAGCGGUGGAGGAGACAGGUGCUUCCUAAGAUGCCUCUCAGGCGUUCACCUCUCAUCAGGACUGCAAGACUCUUACUCUGUCACCUGCGGCUCUUCCUCUCUCAGAAGCAAACAGCAAAAAUCAAAUGACUCUGCUUUUGGGGAUGUCAUCACCGUCAGGACCAGUGUAACCUUUAAGCUAAAUGAAGGCAAGUGUAGUUUGCAAAAGGCCAAGCUGUCUCCCGAGGGCCUACGACCAGCACUACCAGAGAGGCACAGCUCAGUAAAGGAGAGCUUCCAGUACGUAAACCUCACAUGCAGCCCUGGCAAGCAAGUCCCGGGAGCCCUUGGCCGACUGAAUGCCCCUAAGGAAAUGUUUAUCACGGUUGAGUUUGAACGGGAAACUUACAAAAAGGAGGUGACAGCUUCCUGCAAUCUGAGCUGCAUGGUGAAGCGGACAGAGAAGAGGCUGAGGAAAGCUAUUCGCACACUCAAGAAGGCUGCCCACAGGGAGCAGCUCCACCUGCAGCUCUCCAGCGUGGACCUCGAUGUGGCUAAAAAGUCCUCCAGAGUGUCAGAACAGCAGGAGACGUGCGGAGUGGGCCAGGGUCCUGAAGAAAGCCAGUGUGUCAGUUGCAGGGCUGGGACGUAUUAUGAUGGAUCACAAGAACGCUGCAUUUUAUGUCCAAAUGGAACCUUCCAAAAUGAGGAAGGACAAGUCACUUGUGAACCAUGCCCAAGACCAGAAAAUCUUGGGUCCCUAAAACUCUCAGAAGCCUGGAAUAUAUCUGACUGUGGAGGCCUUUGCCAGCCAGGUGAAUAUUCAGCAGAUGGAUUUGCCCCUUGCCAGCUCUGUGCCCUGGGCACCUUUCAGCCUGAUGUGGGCCGGACAUCUUGCCUCCCGUGCGGAGGAGGUCUUCCCACCAAACGUCUGGGAGCGACUUCCUUCCAGGAUUGUGAAACCAGAGUUCAAUGUUCGCCUGGGCAUUUCUACAACACCACCACACACCGAUGUAUCCGCUGCCCACUGGGGACGUACCAGCCUGAAUUUGGAAAAAAUAAUUGUGUUUCCUGCCCGGGCAAUACUACCACUGACUUUGAUGGCUCCACCAACAUAACACAGUGUAAAAACAGGAAGUGUGGAGGGGAACUGGGGGAUUUCACAGGGUAUAUUGAAUCCCCAAACUACCCUGGGAACUACCCAGCCAACUCAGAGUGCACCUGGAUCAUCAACCCACCUCCCAAACGCCGGAUCCUGAUUGUGGUCCCUGAGAUCUUCCUGCCCAUAGAGGAUGACUGCGGCGACUACCUGGUGAUGCGGAAAACCUCUUCAUCAAAUUCUGUGACCACAUAUGAAACCUGCCAGACCUAUGAACGCCCCAUCGCCUUCACCUCCAGGUCAAAGAAACUGUGGAUUCAGUUCAAAUCCAAUGAAGGGAACAGUGCCCGGGGGUUCCAGGUUCCCUACGUGACAUACGAUGAAGACUACCAGGAGCUCAUUGAAGACAUAGUUCGAGAUGGCAGGCUCUAUGCCUCUGAGAACCACCAGGAAAUACUGAAGGAUAAGAAACUGAUCAAGGCUCUGUUUGAUGUGCUGGCACACCCCCAGAACUAUUUCAAGUACACAGCCCAGGAGUCCAGAGAGAUGUUUCCAAGAUCUUUCAUCCGAUUGCUACGUUCCAAGGUGUCACGGUUUCUGAGGCCUUACAAAUGACUCUUCCCACAUGCCCUCCCGAACAGGGUCCUACUGUGGGCUCGGUGGGCUGCAGCUGUCUUCCCUCCACAUGCAGCCUGCCGUCGGAUUACUACCACACCCAGUAUCAGUGAUUCGUCAGAGCUCAGUUUUUAUAGACAGUACAGAUAUCUUGGUAAGCUGAACUUGGGUUUUCUUUCUCAGCAUCUCAGAUGUGGACUGCAUACACUUUGGGUAGUACUGUGGACGCCUGUCCUGGAUGUCCUGAGGGCCGGCUGCACCGGCCUCCUUUUCGACUCUCACUCCUCCGACUGUCUGUAGUGGAAAGGAGGCCACAGAAAGGCCACUCUGGCUAUGUCCUCCAGGCCAGUCCUCUCCCAGGGAGCAUCUGUACUCUUCAGAGGUGACCAGGCCAGACAGGCAAGCAGGAGGGGAGGACAAGCACUCCAGGAGACUCCCAGACCUUCUGAGUCAUGGAAGACCCAGGUCCUCCCAGCCUUCUGCAGCCUCUGCAAUGCCAGUUUAAUCCUAACCAUGUGAGUUCUAAACAGUGAUGAUUAAAAAAAAAAUAAAAAAAGACUAGAAUGAUUUAGAGACAAAAAGGCAAGUGUAGCCCUUCUGGAGGCAUGGAUAGCACACACACACACACACACACACACACACACACCAAAUGCACAGGGCUGCUUGCCACAGCAUUUCCUGUGCCUUCAGUCACUGGAGCCCUGUGCUAGGGUUUGGUGAGUUCUUGAAUGUGAUCUUGCUGGAUGACAGCUACCCACCAUCGUGGAAGGGAGACUUCACCAGUCCAGGGUCAGUAUGGCCAGGGCCUCCCCCAGUGCUGGUAGUGGCUGACACAAGUUCCUUCCUUUUCCAUCUUCUCAGAGUAAAACUGAGUCUGAGAUGAAGUGGCAUCAGACAGGGCUUGAUGUAGUGGCAUCACUGUCACUCUGACGUGCGGCUGCACACCGACUCACAGGCCACACAGUGGACAGACAGCGGAUCCACCUCCUGGUACCCCUCCCCAUGGACUCUACUUUUCAAUAUUAUUGAACUUUUACAGCUCAGUGGCAGAACAGUCGCUAAAGAUGCGCAAGGCCCUGGGCGUGGCCCUUAAUGCCACUCCCUCCAAAGAAUCCUGUCAAUCACACUGCCCUCUCUGUAAUGGAUGGACUGACUUCACAUAGCCACAGGUUUUGUUCUUUCUGUGGAAAUUAUAGCACAUAAUUCUGUGUGCUAAAGUACUAAAAAAUGCUUAACAAACGUUUUUAAAAGAAAACAGAAUAUUUCAUUAUUAUUAGACUUGCUUUUCCACCUCAAUUUCAUUCUUAAUUAACUAAUUAUUAAUUAGUUAAUGUCAUUAUUAUGACAUUGACUUUUACAGUUUUUUGUUUUGUUUUUGUUUGUAAAGAUAGAUAGGGUCUAACCAUGUAGCUCUAGCUAACCUCAGACUCACAGAAUUCCACCUACCUUUGCCUCCCAAAUACUGGGAUUAAAGGUGUAUGCCACCAACCAUGUUUGGAGAUGUUGACAUUUUUAAAAGCCCCAAUGAAACAUUUCAUUUUUAUUUGGAUGAAAUUUCUCUUUAAUAAUUUGAAUGUCUUGUUAGGCACAGUGACACUUGUAAUCCCAUCUCUCAGGAAGUGUAAGCCAGAGGAUCAGGAAUUUGAGGUUACCCUCAGCUACACAGGGAGUUUGAGGCCAGUCUGGGCUACAGGAGACCUUAUUUCAAAAAUAUUUUAAACCAUAUUCAGUUUUUUAAAAAGGCAUUAAGAUCCAGGCAUGGUGGCACAUGCCUGUAGUCCUAGCACUGGGCAAGUGGAUCUCUGUGAGUUUGAGGCCAGCCUAGUCUACAUAGCAAGUUCCAGGAUAGCCAGGACUGUUACACAGAGAAACCUUAUCUUGAAAAAACCAACCAACCAACCAACAUCAUGAAGAGACUGGAGAGAUGGCUUAUCAGUUGCAAGCACUUAGUGCUCUUGCAGAAGACCCAGGUUCAGUUCCUAUCACCCACAUUAGGUAACUUCCUGGUGAUCUGUCACCCUCUUCUGGCCUCUUUGGGAACUGCAUGCAUGUGGUACACACAUGUAUCCAGACAUGCCCCCCCACACCUAUGCAAUUUAAAAAUAAUAAAUCUUUGUUUUUAA